AAGAUAAGACACGGAAGAGAACGAUUGACAUCUUAGAAACGUGGAUUCUCUCGCUGUUGGAAAUAGCGUUGGUCUUUGCCAGAGUAAACUUUCCAAAUGCUUACAGCAUUUUAAGAAAUCUGAUAUCGCUAGUGGCGGUUUUACUUGCUGUACAAUGUUGCAAGCUAUUGUAGAGAGAGGAAGACAUGGUGGAGUUUGGAGCAAACAUGUUUAUGUGUUCUUUGUAGAUCGUACAACCGAUGGUCUCGAAUGGAAGACGGAGACAACAAAGUGGAAAGUUCGACCGAAGUUUCCAGCGACGCUGCGGCGCAAUAUGACAGAAUUUCUGACUUGAACAGCCAAAUAGACGAAUUGAAACGCGAGCUUGAAGCAGUGAAAAAGAAACUGCACAAAGCUGAAUUCGAACGAGACAGUGCGCAGAGAAGUGCAGAAAACCUGAAAGGUGAAGUGAGGGAAUUGAGCAAGAAGCUGCAAGAGGAGAGGAAGAAGACUGCUGAGAGCAGAAGGGAAAACAGUGAUGUUCUGCAGAAUUAUAAAGAGAUUCGAGGUAGCUUGCUUUGGGUUUUGUCUGUUAAUUCCAGUAUCUGUGUACCUUUUGGGGGGCCUGUCAUAAACUACUAAAUCAACUGUUGCCUUGAUCUUAACACCUGAUGCAAAAUUGUUGCUUUGUGGGUGAAUUGUCUUAGCAGCUAAUGAGCAAGUCCACCUAGACAUGUAUGACUUUGUACGUGUACAAUUGUACCAUUAAUUUUAAUGCAUCUAUCGUUGAUCCC